AAGGCUGCCGUGCCGGGAAGAUUUGUCUGGGCAAAGGUGGAGUGUACCGGUCCAUCUCUGGUCCUCACCAUCAUACCGCUCUGCUUCUUCGGCCAAUAUCGCCAGGGCCGCUUCGGCUGGUACUAGUAUGUUCUCUGAUCCUAAAUAUGAAUGUAGGGGCCCAAUUACGGACAUGCUUUUGGAAUUAGGAACGCAGUCACUGGACAAUAAGCGGAAAAGAAGAAUGAAUCAUAAUAAAGAGGACAAUCACCAUUCUCCCCAGUCCAAAAGAAGUAAGAGACACCCUGUCUUUCAGGAGUUUCAGGAUGCAGAGACAGUACCUGUAACGAAAAACGAUCAGGAAAGCCAACUAAGAGAAACCAAAGUGUGUGCUGUGGGUUUCUUAUCCAACUCUUCAAGCAGUGAUAAAGACAGGAGCAGCAGCAGUGUUUAUACCUCAGAGAGAGUAAUCGGACCAGAAGGCAGCUUAAACCAGAUCGUUGCUGAACCCAACAUGAGUACACCUCAAUCCUCAUAUGAGGAAUAUGCAUUAUGCCAAGGUUCUUACUCCCACAUCAACCAGAUCUUAAGGGAGGCACACUUCAACAGCCUACAGCGUAAAAGGACAAUCUCCAGCAUGAUGAUCUAGGAGCUCCUUCUUCCAGCCUAAAAUUUGUUUAUAAAAGCAAUUGCACACACACAAAUGGUCUGUUGGCUUUCCAGUCUAUAUUUUAAACAACAGGCUGAUGGACAAUUGUUUGACUUGGGGUUUUGCUGCACAUUUGCUAUUUCAAAGAGGGCUUUGAAGCAAUUUUUAUAGAAUUUUUUUCAGGGUGGAUGUCAAAUCUAUGAGGCAAACUCACCUUCAGGUUGAAUCCAUAGAAUGUCCAAUUCAGAUUGGUUUCCAAAUCUGUCAGUUAGAAACUCUAGUCAAACAUCCUUUGAAAAUGAAAGAUCUUCAGUUUAAAAAAUUAAUAGGCUGGUAAAGAACAUGCUGUUUUCAUGAAAAAAGGUGUUACUUUAUUCCAAAGUAUAGAUAGCUUGAUUCAGUCUUGCACUGAAUUGGACUGCCAUACUGCCUCUCAGAAGGCAGAUGUCUUAUUGAAAUUACUCUCAACUUGUAAGGGGCCCAAUUAGUCCCAAUUUAGACUAUAUAAGUGAAAUCUCUCUAGUCACUGUCUCCACUCUUUGUAUUUCUAGAAAGAAUGUUUCUAAGACUCUUGUGUACUCAGAUAACUUCUGUACCAUUAAUCCUCCGGAGUGUGCAUUUCAGACUUAGUAUUAAACAUUGCACAAUUCUGUCAGUCAAUAAGUACAUAACAACCUUCUGUCUUGCACAUAAACCUAUUUAAUUAUUAGUAGUUUAUGUGCUCUCAUUUACAAUUCUACCUAUUAUGUCUAGAGUUAAUGCUGAGAAAGGAUAAGCUACCUGGCCCAUUGUCUAAAGUAACAAGAGUUGUUAAACUGCUUUGGACAACCCUCCACUUUAUGUUUCAGGGACCCCUUCACAGAGACUAGGGGACCAGUUUCUGUCAUUGAAACUGCAAAGGUUGGUGUGGCUUACAAACAAUGGCUGAGGCACAAUUAGAAGAAAUAGGGAGUAGUUUUUUCUAUUUAGAGAGAGAUGGAUAUGCUCCCAUGUUCUUCAGUUAUACUAAAGGGCUAAUCAGAUUUGAAGAGUGAUUUCAUAGACAUGCCUGCUUCUUCAGUGAUGAGCUGUGUUAACAAGGAGCCAGAAUGUAUCCAGUUAUCUGUCUGCCCUGCCAAGUGCCAGAGGUACAACCUGCCACUAGAUUUAAAGGAAAGGGCCCUGGUGUCUAAUAAGAAUCUCUUGCAUGUUCACAUCAUUCCCUACUCACUAUAUUUGACAGUCCACAUAGCAGAAACAAGUAGGUAUAAGAAUUAAAGGUAGCUCUAGGUCUUUUCUAUUUGUCAAGAUUUGGAAAAGACAUAAAAUAACAGAUUGACUAAAAGAAGAAUAAGAUCUUUAUGAAGUCACAGAACUAAUAUUUGAAAAGGAAAACUGUCCUAGGAAGAGGAGAAAAAUCUCUCUCUCUCUCUCACACACACACACACACACACACAAGUGCGCAUGCAUGCCCCUCAUUUACAUGGUUGUUUCCUUUAGUAUGGAUUGGAUUUUAAGGUCAGAUACUGGGAGUGGAAUUUUAGUAUUAAGGGGGAAAUGUUACAGCGCUGUUGGCCUCAAACUUAUGGAGUAGGCAUGGGUCAA